AUGAGCGAGCAAAAUACCAAUAGUGAAAAAACACCCGGCAUAGUUUCGCCUCGGUUUUCAAAUGCAGCUAACAAAGCCAACCCCGAUGGCUCGAUGGGACCGCCACCAGUCGUUGCCCCAGGCGCAAACUCUCCAGUCUCGCAGUGCAGUGCGAGCCCCGGUACCUGCGCGACCAAAUCUAUCAUGAACGUUAGCGGAACUUCGGGCGCGGUUGUUAGCAACACGCCCGAGCCCGGUCUGAAAAGAGUCCCUACAGUGACUUUCAGCGAUUCCAAGCACCUAACUUUAAAGCAGCAGGCGGUAGCGAACGCGGCAAACCAGCAGGCUAAGACUAGCGGUGCAGAGGAAAACGAUAAGGGAGAUGCAACCAGCCCAAAGGCCAAACCCGUUACGUCUCCGUCAGCUGGGAUCCCCAACUCUGGAUCAAGACUUCCUUCUCCCCCUCCACUGACGAGUACGGACUCUACCGCAUCGGCGCAGCGUCAGGGAACUGCCUUUGGAGGCGCGGGACGUCACGAUGGCAAAAAAGGGAACAUAAUAUCAAAGCUUUUGCACUCUGCAGACAUCCUGCAUCAUAGCUCGAGCGAGCAAAAUACAAGUGGCGAAGAGGCUCCAAGGAGUAGUUCUGUGACUUCCGAGCCCGAGCCAAAGAAAGAUGACCACCCACACUUUGUAGUGGACGAUGCGCUGCACUCGCCAAGCUUCCGCUCCAGGUCCAAUAGCGCUAGUCCAAUGCCACAAGUUCCUAGUCCCUCUUUCACGCUAGGCGAAAAGAGGCAGGAUUCGGCGCUGAGGCAGCCUGAGGCAACUAUCGCUGAGUCCCUCGACGAGUCAGGCGAACUGCCCUCCGAGGCGUCAAACUUCCACCAAAUUGCUCCCAACAUUCCCAAAAGAGAAACCGGCAAGAACUCGGAACCAAGGCUACCCCAAGAUGACGGAAAGCUACAUGUGUUGUUUGGAGCCACUGGCUCCUUGUCUGUGCUCAAAAUUAAGGCAAUGAUCAAGAAGUUGGAGGAGAUUUAUGGCAGAGACAAGAUCUCGAUUCAGCUUAUCCUAACGCAAGCGGCUGCACAGUUCUUUGCCAACAGGUCAAGAAAACCAAGAAUCGAGAGUCGGACUGCGUCUGAGUCCACUGCUCCCACCAUGUCAUCAAAUCCCGCAGCGGGCGAGCAAGCAAAGCCCUUGGCAACAGCGCCCUCUGCUGCAGCGCAUAACCAUAACGUAACAGUGGGGGGUGGUCCUCCCGGCGGAACGCCCACUAUGGCGCCAAAAAUCGAGCUGCCUGCUCACAUCCAAGUUUGGACCGACCAAGACGAAUGGGACGUAUGGAAGCAGCGCACUGAUCCAGUUUUACAUAUCGAGCUUCGUCGCUGGGCUGAUAUCCUGGUAGUGGCGCCGCUUACAGCCAACACACUCUCCAAAGUUGCGCUUGGGCUGUGCGACAACCUUUUAACUAGUGUGGUUCGCGCGUGGAACCCAAUGUUUCCUAUUUUUCUCGCACCUUCGAUGGUGAGCAGCAGCUACAAUUCUACGAUUACCAAGCGGCAUCUCAAGAUGAUCAAGGAGGAAAUGCCGUGGAUUACAGUUUUCAAACCUUCAGAGAAAGUUAUGGGCAUUCAUGGAGACAUCGGCCUGGGUGGUAUGAUGGACGCGAACGAGAUUGUUGACAAGGUAGUGAUGAAACUUGGGGGAUACCCUAAGGACGAGGAAGAGGAAGAUGACGACGAGGAAGAGGAAGACGACGACAGCAAAAGCGCGAGACAGAAGGAGGAGCGUAGAGCAGAUGGGGAAGAGGAUGAUGACGACGACGACGACGACGACGACGAUGACGACGACGACGAUGACGACGACGACGAUGACGAUGAUGACGACGAUGAUGACGACGAUGUCCCAAACCCUACUGCAAAGAUUCCCCUUCAGAACUCUGCCAACUCUGGAGUUUCGCAUCCAGAACUAGUUCCACAGAUAUCCAGGUAG